GUCAACAAAGUAAAAAUCCUCCGUCUAUUAAAGUCCGUUUUUCAGUAAUAUUCAUUUUCAUCUUUCCCAUUUCGCCAUAAUUAUUACGGAUAUGUAGUGCAUAUACCGAAUCUGAUAUUUACAAUUCAACAUACACGCGCUUUCUAAUUUCCUUUCAUGGAUCCCUAACGCACAUCUUGACAACACUAUUUUCCUUGCGAAUUGCUUUCUGAUAAACAUCGAUUACUCGAAAUAUUUUGUCGAUAUAUAAGUAACAUAAUCGUGAUCCAAGAUCCAAGGCCUCCAAGGCGAUCCAAGAUAAUUAGAAGGUAAUAAAUCAUGGCAAACGCAUCCGACAAUGAAAAUGCAUUAAAUGCAACUCUGUCUCCCCGCGAAAAUGCUUCGCCCACAAUUUCAGACAGUUUAAGUAGCAGUAAGGAGGAUUCACUUCUUGGAUUAAAUAAAAAACAGGUUAUAUUAGAAAAUUCACUUCUGACCGGUAGAAAUACAAAUUGCAGCCCCCUUGAAAAUUCGGAGGUACGAAAUGCUAGCAGUUCGUCGCAAGAUUUCAUUGUGAAUGAACGUUCAAAUAUGCCUCAGAAUAAUCAUAGCGCAAAAAUGAGGCAGGAUGACAGUCCUGACAGCUGCAGUGUUGUUCUAGAUGACGAAGAAAGCCUUGGUUCUGGUAUUGAAUCUGAUGUUGAGGAUGCAAGUUCUGAAGAAAAGCCAGGGGAGCCAUCCAAAGUCCUGAGUCUGUUACCUCACUAUGAUCCAACCAUUGACACAAAGCUUCCUGAAACAGUGUCAUUACUGACAACUCCAGAUGGAGGGAAAGUGUAUCUUGUUGGCACAGCUCAUUUUAGUAUGGAGAGUCAGGAGGACGUUGCAAAGAUAAUCCAAGCUGUGCAACCUCACAUAGUGUUGGUUGAGUUGUGUAAAUCAAGAGUGAAUAUUUUGCAGCUAGAUGAGAAAACUGUCUUAGAAGAGGCUAAGAAUAUUAAUUUUGAGAAAGUGCAGUCAACCAUCAAGCAGAAUGGUGUUUUCAAUGGUCUGAUGUACAUCCUUCUGCUCAGUAUGUCAGCACACCUUACCAAGCAGUUGGGUAUGGCACCAGGUGGAGAGUUCCGAAGGGCAUUUGCUGAGGCUCGACAGGUGCCUAUGUGCCUUAUACAUUUGGGUGAUCGACCUAUACACAUCACACUACAGAGGGCUCUGGCUUCAUUGUCGUGGUGGCAAACGAUACGUCUUAUGUGGCACCUCAUAAUGUCCAAGCAACCAAUUAGUAAGGAGGAGGUAGAACGUUGCAAACGACGGGAUCUCCUAGAAGAAAUGUUGGCUGAAAUGGCUGGGGAGUUUCCAGCCCUCGGAACUGUAUUUGUAAAUGAACGCGAUGUGUUCCUGACCCACUCACUGCAAUUGGCAGCUCUCCCACAGCGUACUAAUUCAGGUGUUGUACCAGUACGCGUAGUGGGAGUAGUUGGCAUAGGUCAUGUCCCAGGAAUAGUACAGCACUGGGGUAAAGUGACUGCUGGAGACAUUCCUCCAAUUAUGAAAGUGCCACCACCAACCCUUACCAGCCGAGUACUGAAGUUGACAGUAAAAGCUUCCUUAUUUGGUCUGGUUGUCUGGGGUGUGUCUCGAAUUGUUCCAUUACCUAAAUCGCUGCCAAACAGUAUUGAUACAAUUCGAACAAGUGUGCACGAUUUUUUUCACAUCGGAGGUGCUGGUCAAGGAAGAUUCUGAGGCUAGUAAAACGUGACUUAUUGGUAAUUUUCUUUUGUGAUUGGAUCUUGGGAACCAAAUAAAAGAACUGUUCUGUUCAUAAGAGCCCGAGAAAAUAGUGUGGAGGACUGAUUGUCAUUCUCAGAGUUGUGGGAUUUGGUGCUGGUUUCAUCUGACUGUGAUUAAUUGUAGUGUUCAUUUCCAGAAGGAAAUAUUUUUUACUGAAAAUCGAACUAAUUUGUACUGUCUUUAAAAAAAAUAAAAUUGUUUGUUCAAUCUUGUAGACUAGAGAAAUUAAAGAAUCUCAUACAGUUAGGAGUGAAACAGGAAGAGAUUACAUUUGGAAGAGUGAAAGAAACGAAAUAUUAUCAGUGUUAUUUUGUGUAUUGUUAUAUGAAGAAUUUUUAAGUCACAAUGUUGAAAAGUUCUAACAUGGAAGAAUAUAAUUCCAGUGAUGAUUGCUCUGCCAUUGAAGAUUA